AUGCCCUCGUGCGGUGAGGUUUGCAAGGCAAAACACUGCAACAGUGCAAGCAAGUACAAAAGUCCCUUGGCGUUAAACAUGAGCGGCGUCUGUGCGUCUGCAGGCGGCUGGUUAAUGGGGACCAAAAGCAAACGUUUGGCUCUUCUGAGCCCCGAAAAUCAGCCUCUUGAGCAGAGCGGUGUUUCGUAUCGCAAGAACCAUCUGUUUAAGGUAAUUGACUCACUAUACUUUCGGGAAGUUGGCUUCACGUUACUCCCUUCCCUCCUCCUCCUCCUGGUCUGUUAA